CCGCCCCGCUCCUUCUCUGCCGGCUAGCUGCCCCACCUCCUGGGGCAGAGCCAGACGCCCUUGGCCAUGAUCCGGGCGGCAGUGUGGGGCGCCCGGGCUGGGGCGCGGCCCGGCUGGGGGGCGCCCUGGGGCCUCCCUCUCUUCCUUGGGCUGCUGCUGCUGCUGCAGGCGGGAAGGCCGGCCAGCUCCGUCAGCCCCGCCGCGGGGAUAGCUCCUCUGCGCUUUAACGUGAGCCUGGACGAGGCGGCCACCCAGCGCUGGCUGCCCGUACUGCGGCACUUCGACCCCAAAUUCCUGCGGACGGCCUUGGCCACCGUCAUCGGGGAAACUGUCCCGAGCUGGGUUCGUGAUGUGCUCAGACCAGUGGCCUUAGAGUUGGACAAGUUCCUGCCUCAGCCCUUCGAAAGCGAGAUUAGGGGAAUGUGCAAUAUACUGGGCCUAAAUGUUGGAGACUGUGUCCUCAUCAAUCUUGCCUAUGAGUUCAGCGCAUUCUGCACCAGCAUCAUCGCCCAAGAUGUCCAUGGCAACAUUUACCAUGGUCGGAACUUGGAUUAUGCAUUUGGAAAUCUUUUGAGAAAAUUGACAAUCGACGUGCAGUACAUAAAGAAUGGGCAGAUUGCAUACACAGGAACUACAUUUGUUGGUUAUGUAGGUUUAUGGACCGGACAAAGUCCAAAAAAGUUUACCAUUUCUGGUGAUGAGCGAGAUAAAGGUUUUUGGUGGGAGAAUGCAGUAGCAGCCCUUCUCAGAAAAAAUUGUCCCGUGAGCUGGCUUGUCAGGAAUACCCUGGAAGAAGCUGAGAACUUUCAAGCUGCUGUGAUCGAACUGGCCAAGACACCCAUUGUGGCAGAUGUUUACUACAUUGUUGGAGGCGUGUCCCCCAAGGAGGGGGUGGUCAUCACAAGAAAUAGAGGUGGUCCUGCAGACAUCUGGCCUCUUGAUCCCACAAAUGGAGAGUGGUUCCGAGUUGAGACAAAUUAUGAUCACUGGAAACCACCUCCCAAAGGGGACGAUCGAAGAACACCUGCCAUCAAGGCCCUUAAUGCAACUGGACAGGAAAAUAUCAACUUUGAUACACUUUUUAAGGUUUUAUCAGUGGUUCCAGUUCUGAACAAUUUAACAAUUUAUACAACAGUAAUGAGCGCUGCAAAGCCAGACAAAUAUACAACUCAGAUCAGAAACUGAGGGCUAAAAAAGUGAAAAGAAAAAGCUGGAUUUUCCAAGCACUGCAA